AUUAACCCAAUCCAAAUUCUUACUGGCCGCCGAUCCGAUUCCGACGUACCAUUCCUUUUUUUUUUUUCCUUCUUCCACACACCACAACCGCAGAUUCCCAACCCACGCCAUGCCCACGCCACCACUCAAGGCUGUGACACUGACCCAUGUCCGGUACACGAAAGGAGACCAGCUCGGCUAUUUCCUAGCCUGGGUCUCUCUGGUUCCGGUCUUCAUUAGCCUCGGCGGGUUCAUUUCCCACUUCAUCUUCCGCCGGGAGCUCCAGGGCAUGUUCUUCGCUUUAGGCAUCUUGAUAUCUCAAAUAAUCAGCGAACUCACUAAGAAAGUCGUUCAACAGGCGCGACCAGAGACCUGUGCUCUCCUAGAGAUGUGCGAUUCCCAUGGAUGGCCUUCCAGCCACUCCCAAUACGUGUUCUUCUUUGCUGUGUACAUGACGCUAUUGACAUGUAAAGGGAUUGGAGGGAUUUGGAAGGUUAAAAGCAAAUGGGUUUUCUUGUUCUUGUAUUGGUCUUUGGCUCCGCUCACCAUGUAUUCGAGGGUGUAUCUUGGGUACCACACCGUACCUCAGGUUUUCGCCGGGGCAGCUCUGGGGAUUUUUCUUGGAUGGGUUUGGUUUUGGGUUGUCAAUUCGGUGCUUUUCUCUUGCUUUCCUGCGAUUGAGGAGAGCGCGUUUGGGAGGAUGUUUUAUAUCAAGGACACUUCUCAUAUACCCAAUGUCUUCAAGUUUGAGUAUGAUAAUGCGAGGGCAGCUAGGAGAAAUAUGGCCUCCAAGAGCAGUUGAUUAUUUAUCUGGGCAAUAGCUUCAAGCUAGUCUUUGAGGAUUCUGCUUUUAUCAAUAAUGGAGGAUGCAACUGUUAAUCAAAUUUUAUUCCUGUAUGCCACUCUUGGGAACUCACGAUAUGAGAAGCCGGCUCGAAGUCGUGCUGUGAAAUUCAGGCUGAAGAGUAUAGAAGAUGAUACAUAUGCCAGGGUAAAGCACUCAGAACUAUAUAUGUAGUACAUGGAAAGCUUACUGAUUUUUAUGUUUUAGAUAGGAAAUUAUUUUGAAGGAACUUAACAAAUGCUUUAAUGCGUAUAGACGUUGCAAGCAACAGAAUUUCUUCCACAAUAACACUCCAAAUACAAUUCUUAGUUGUAGUUCCAAUCUGAGCUUUGAAUUAUAACUUCUUCUUUGCUUGAUAACACGAUUGUUUUCUGGAAUUGAGUGAAAAUUAUUUUAAUCGCAUAGACUUUUAACAAAAUUGAAGCGUGGAUUUUCUCCCCUUUUUUCCACUCCUUUGUCAGCAAGAACCAAGGAGCAUGCUAGCUGGAAGGGAAUUUUUUCAUUAGCUAGCUCUUAAUCUAUGAUGAUAUGACAUUUACUUGUAAGAAAAAUUAAUUUUUUAU